AAUGCUAAAGAAUCUCAUUCCUUUUACAACUCUUUCACUCUUCCAAAAACGUAUCACUGAAAAAAAGAGAAAUGAAUUCUCCGACGGCCGUAUCUCCAACAACCAUGCCUUCACCGCCCCCACCUCCGGACGACUUACCCGUCGGCUUCCUCUCAGCUCUAGAUCUCGACUUCCUAAAUGUCGCAGGACUCUCCGCUCUGGCUAUGAUGUUCAUCUACUUCAUUUUCACCUGCUACGAACGGAAAUUCUGGAACCGAAACGGCGAUAUCGAAGGCGGACGGCUGCCAUCGGAAACGAUGGAUGAAUCUCCGGCUUCAGAAACAGGGGAUUCAUCAAGAAGACGGCCGUCUUCGAGGGCAGUAAUAUCGACGAGGCUGUUUCAGUACGGAGUAGGAGGAGGGGUAAUAGGGAAAAAUGCGGAUUGUUCGAUUUGUUUGGAUGAAUUUACUGAAGGUGAGAUUUGUCGAAUGCUUCCGAAAUGCAAACAUGUUUUUCAUCGGUUUUGUAUCGAUCAAUGGCUUCCCAAUGAACGCAAUUGCCCUGUUUGUCGUUCACCUGUUUAUGUUCGUCUCGUUUAUUCAUUUCCUUCUUGAGAUUUUUAUUUUGCUUUUUGGAUUUCUAAUUGUGAAUAAUUUUUUUGUUUAAUUCAUUUGUUCUAUCAUUAACAUUUUUUUUUCUCGAUUA